CAUCUUGGAUCAAGAAAUCACGACUCCCGGGGUUUUCGAUCCGUGUGUCGAACGAUACCACUGUACCAACAUCACUUACACCAUGUCACAUGUCUUUACAAUCCGACGACAUGCCGACCGUUAUAGUGAGAGAAUGCGAGGGAACAGCCAGAUAUGUCUGGAUUUAUCAGGAUCAUAUCUCUCCAGGAGACGAAUGCCCAAUCCUAGAAGUCUGUGAAGUCCAAGUUUUUGGAUGUGAAACCGGAUACUAUGGUGAUCACUGUCGUCACAAAUGUGACCACUGCAUGAAUAAAGCAAACUGUGGGAUUAAGGACGGCAGGUGUGAUGAAUCGGGAUGUGCCACGUCUGGAUACCAACCUCCACUAUGUACAGCUUGUUUUAACGAUACAUAUGGAAAUGACUGCGAAUACACAUGCGGCCACUGUUACAACCAUGCCGUUUGUGACAGAAAUAACAUAACGUGUUCAAAUGGGUGUGGAAAGGAUUAUAGCGGAAGUGAUUGUAAACAGCAUCAAUUUGUCAGAAGUUAUUCCCAAGUCAAAGCUAGCUCAAUUGACGGAGCCCGAUGGACAUCGUACGCUGUUGACGGCAACUUUAAUCAGAAUAUAAGCCACUGCUUUCAUAGUGACGUGAACGAUACUAUAAAAGAUGCAUGGCUUCGAGUAGACCUAGGGAGAAUAUUUAGUGUCAGCUCAGUCAAACUCUGGUACAGGAGUGAUGGAGAAUUUGGAUCAUCUUGGAUCAAGAAAUCACGACUCCCGGGGUUUUCGAUCCGUGUGUCGAACGAUACCACUGUACCAACAUCAAUCUCAUCUUGUUACACAUCUCUACCAUCUGAUAACAUGUCGACUGUUAUAGAGAGAGACUGUGAAAAAACAGCCAAAUAUGUUUGGAUUUAUCAGGAUCAUAUCUCUCCAGGAGACGUAUGCCCGAUCCUAGAAAUCUGCGAAGUUCAAGUUUUUGGAUGUGAAACUGGUUACUAUGGUGAUCACUGUCGUCACAAAUGUGAUCACUGUAUGAAUAAAGCAAACUGUGGGGUUAAGGACGGCAGGUGUGAUGAAUUGGGAUGUGCCACGUCUGGAUAUCAACCACCACUAUGUAGAGCUUGUUUAAAUGAUGCUUAUGGAAAUGAGUGCGAAUACAAAUGUGGUCACUGUUUCAACAAUGCCUCUUGUGACACAAGGGAUGGAACGUGUUUGAAUGGGUGUGAAAAGGGCUAUAGAGGAAGUGAUUGUAAACAACACCAAGCUGUCAAAAGCUUUUCCCAAGUCAAGGCUAGCUCAGUUGACGGAGCCCGAUGGGCGUCAUAUGCUGUGGACGGCGAUUUCAAUCAGAGUAUAAGCCACUGUUUCCAUAGUGGUGUCAACGAAACAAUAGAAAAGGCGUGGCUUCGAAUUGACCUAGGAAGAGUAUUUAGUGUCAGCUCAGUCAAACUCUGGUACAGAAGUGAUGGAGAUUUUGGGUCAUCUUUGAGCAAGAAAUCUCGGCUCCCGGGGUUUUCGAUUCGUGUGUCGAACGAUACCACUGUACCAACAUCAAUCUCAUCUUGUUACACAUCUUUACCAUCCGACGACAUGCGGACCAUUAUUGAGAGAGACUGCGAGAGAACAACCAGAUAUGUCUGGAUUUAUCAGGAUCAUAUUUCUCCAGGAGACAUAUGCCCGAUCCUAGAAAUCUGCGAAGUUCAAGUUUUUGGAUGUGAAAUUGGAUAUUAUGGUGAUCACUGUCGUCACAAAUGUGAUCACUGUAUGAAUAAAGCACACUGUGGGAUUAAGGACGGUAGGUGUGAUGGAUUGGGAUGCUCCACGUAUAAAUACGAACCGCCACUAUGUACAGCUUGUUCAAAUGAUAAAUAUGGAGGCGACUGCGAAUACUCAUGCGGUAACUGUUACAACAAUGCCUACUGUGACAAAGACGAAAGAACGUGUUCAAAUGGGUGUAGAAGAGAUCAAAGAGGAAGUGACUGUAAACAACAUCAAGUUAUCAGAAGCUUUACACAGAUUAAAGCUAGCUCAACUCACGGAGCCCGAUGGGCAUCAUACGCUGUGGACGGCGAUUUAAAUCAGAGUAUAAGCCACUGCUUUCAUAGUGGUGUGAACGAAACAAUAAAAGAGGCGUGGCUUCGAAUAGAUCUAGGAAGAGUAUUAAGUGUCAGUUCAGUCAAACUCUGGUACAGGAGUGAUAAAACAUUUGGAUCAUCUUGGAUCAAGAAAUCACGACUCCCGGGGUUUUCGAUUCGCGUGUCGAACGAUACCACUGUACCAACAUCAAUCUCAUCUUGUUACACAUCUUUACCAUCCGAUGACAUGCCGACUGUUAUAGAGAGAGACUGUAAGAAAACAGCUAGAUACGUCUGGAUUUAUCAGGAUCAUAUCUCUUUAGGAGACGAGCAUCCGAUUUUAGAAAUCUGCGAAGUUCAAGUUUUUGGAUGUGACACUGGUUACUAUGGUGAUCACUGUCGUCACAAAUGUGAUCACUGUAUGAAUAAAGCAAACUGUGGGAUUAAGGAUGGCAGGUGUGAUAAGUUGGGAUGUGCCACGUCUGGAUACCAACCCCCGCUAUGUACAGCUUGUUUAAAUGAUGCAUAUGGAGAUGACUGCGAAUACACAUGCGGUCACUGUUUCAACAAUGCCUCUUGUGACAGAAAUGAAGGGACGUGUUCAAAUGGAUGUGAAAAAAGUUAUAACGGAAGUGAUUGUAGACAACACCAUAUUGUCAGAAGCUUUUCCCAAGUCAAAGCUAGCUCAAUUGACGGAGCCCGAUGGGCGUCGUACGCUGUGGACGGCGAUUUCAGUCAGAGAAUAAGCCACUGCUUUCAUAGUGGUGUGAACGAAACAAUAACAGAGGCAUGGCUUCGAAUUGACCUAGGAAAAGUAUUUAGUGUUAGCUCAGUCAAACUCUGGUACAGGAAUGAUACAGGAUUUGGAUCAUCAUGGAUCAAGAAAUCACGACUCCCGGGGUUUUCGAUCCGUGUGUCGAACGAUACCACUGUACCAACAUCAAGACCCUCCUGUUACAUAUCUUUACCAUCCGACGACUUACCGACAGUUGUAGAGAGAGACUGCGAGAGAACAGCCAGAUAUGUCUGGAUUUAUCAGAAUCAUACCGCUGCAGGAGACGCAUGCCCGAUCCUAGAAAUCUGCGAAGUUCAAGUUUUUGGUUGUGAAACUGGAUACUAUGGUGAUCACUGUCGUCACAAAUGUGACCACUGUAUGAAUAAAGCAAACUGUGGGAUUAAGGACGGCAGUUGUGAUGAAUCGGGGUGUGCCACGUCUGGAUACCAACCCCCGUUAUGUAUAGCUUGUUUAAAAGAUAAAUAUGGAAAUGACUGCGAAUACACAUGCGGCCAUUGUUACAACAAUGCCUCUUGUGACAGAAAUGAUGGAACAUGUUCGAAUGGGUGUGAAAAAGGCUAUAGAGGAAGUGAUUGUAAACAGCGAGAUCUUGGUAAUUCCCUUAUGACGAUAAACUCCACAACUGAACGCUUAAAGAAUACUUCACAGCUGUUGAUCAGUUUAAUAGAAGGUGGAACACAAGAUACGAAAGAGAUCCAGGACACAGUGAAUGCAACUCUGUACAUGAUGGAGAACACAAUAUCACCAUCCAAAGAAAUCAGUACCGAGGAACUUAACUCAACAUUAGACAUCUUGGACAAGAUUGUAAACAUCACUGGACCAGCAAUAGAGAAUAAGGUUUUCUAUACUGUGAUUGACAAUAUUUUAUCAACGAACAACUCGAAAUCUUGGACAACCCUGAUAAAAGAGGAGGGGAAAGGCGCUAGCUUUGUAUUAAAGAGUAUGGAUAAACUUAAUGAGAUUUUGAUGGACACAACCAAUGCUACAACUACAAAGUUCAAUGGCUCGAAUCUUGAACUGUCGUUAGACCAUGCAAAUCUAGACAAAAAUGGUAUACGUUUUCCGGAAGCGUCGUCAAGCAAUACUUCAGAUAACGCCAACGAAAUGUCGACUUUCCUAGAAUUACCAAAGCAAAACAAAAACUCUUCAAAAGAGAUGCAAUAUGUGGCUAUAAUAUACAAAAUUCUACCAGAACUGCUGUCACAAGAUCAUCCAAGGACUGAAAAGCAAGAUAAUACGACAGGGGAAUCCAAAGCGAAAACAAUUGUCAAUUCUGCUGUACUGUCGCUAACUACAAAGAAUGAUGUCGGAAUAUUGGAUCCACCCCUAGCAUUGACGUUUAGGCAUAUCGUUAAUAAUGAACUUAAAGAAUCGCAUCAAGCGUGCGUUUCGUGGGAUUUUAAAGAAAGCAAAUGGACAGAGAGAGGGUGUAAAGUGAAACUGAGUGAUCCGCAAAAAACAGUUUGUCUGUGUAACCAUCUCACAAACUUUGCCAUUUUGAUGAGACCUUAUUCUACGUCAAAAGAAGAAAGCAAUGUCCUGAAAACGAUGUCUUUUGUUGGUGUGGUUCUCUCGAUAGCGUUUGCUUUCAUAACGUUUGUAAUCUACAUCAUGACUUGGAGAUAUAUCAAAAGUGAACAAAAUAUCAUGAUGCUGAAUAUGUGUGGAGCCUUGAUUAUGUCCCUUGUUAUGUUCAUCACACUUGUGGAGAAAACAAAUGACAGGAACGCUUGUAUUGCGAUAACGGCUAUAAUCCAUUACCUCUUCUUAGUAACCUUCUUCAGUAUGCUUGGCAUAGGUGUCUAUUACUUCAUGAGUAUAACAGUUACAUACUACGCUAUGUACGUGGCAAACAACUUCAAGUCGAAGCCUAGAAUUCAUUGGUUUUUGAUUGGAGCAUGGGGUUUGUCCGCCAUUAUUACAGCGAUUAACCUUGGAGUAUUCUGGGGGAAAGGAUAUCAUCUGAAAAACUACUGUUGGUUGUCCGUGGAGAGUGGAUCUCAUUACCUGUUCAUCGUUCCAGUCUGUUUGAUAAACCUGCUAAACAUCAUAAUAAUUGUUUCGUUGCUGCGGGUGUUAUAUGCUUCAAGAACAAUGGCAAAAUCUUCACUUCAGAAGAAAGCUUCAUCCGCUUUGAGAUCUCUCGGAACACUCGUACCAGUGCUUGGUGUGACCUGGAUAUUCGGUAUAUUCGCAGUGGACCAUAAAACGGACAUCUUCCAAUACAUAUUUGUUAUUGCAAAUUCACUACAGGGGCUUUUUAUUUUUGUUACGCACGUCUUGCUCAACAACAAGGUAAGACAAGGAUUGUGCAACGUGUUCCAAAAACUAAAAACUGUGGCAACAUCUAGUGGACAAAUCAACACGAAAACAUCUGCUAUCGGAAGUCAAUCAUUGUCUACAAUGAAUCCGCCUUUGUUGAAAAACAAGGAAAAUGUUAUGGAUGAAACAGUAUGCAGUGAAAAUGCAGAGAAAUCAGAUUUGAAGUUGGUAGUAGAAGAAAAGGUCGAGGAAACACCAGGUAUUUUGCCGGCCGCCGAGUGGGGAGAGGAAACAGGUCACAAACCGAGUUUUCUUUUUACAUAUACCGGUCCUAAAUAAAUAACAUUAUUUUUACAUUCAUUGUAAAACAAAAAUGUUUUGAGUGUUUAUAUCUACCUGGAAGUCAAUGAUGUAAAAAACCAUAUAUCUGCAGGUCAAAGAAUCAAAAUGCACAUAUAUUUUUAUUCUACAGCAUGGUGAUUUAAUUUAACGUAAACGUUCAAUGUAAUGCUCAU